CUCGCCUGUCACACGUCAGCGCACCUCGUCCCGCAUCAAGGUGAUGUGACUGGCUAAACAUAACCGCCGCAGCUAGCACAUCCAUGGGUUUUCUAUGCGAUGAGGCUGGGACGAACUUGUUUCCAACAUGUUAUUGUUCACUCAAAGUGGCCUGUCUCUCAACUCUCGCGAUCUCCACGUCGCCGGCUGUCGAUCGCAUCGUGGGCCCCACGCAUAAGGCUGGGUGCAGUUCUUCCGUAUCUGCAAAGCUAAUCUGAGCUGAGAUUUCGAUAAAGGAUAGCGGCGUGAGCGUGCCAGGGAGCUUCACCGCUGCAGUCUUGCUUUUGGGUGUAUAUAAGACAUGUGAGCAUAAGAGCGGCUAUGACGACGCUAUCUCCUGACGUUCGCGAUUCGACUCUCCGGUCGCUGAAGCUGCAUUGUCCUUCUGCCGAAGGGCUUCCCUCUGAGUAUUCGCCCGCCUCGUUUCAUUCCCCGACGAUGGAACCCAACCCUUUCGAACACGCAGAUACAGAGUGGUCAGAUGAGGAGGAGCUCAUACCUCGGCGAAGACGGAGGACGCAGUAUGUUCCUCCACCUGUGAAGGUUACGCGCGGUGCGGACACUUCGUCAGAGGGUUCGUCAGAGCUGAGUCCAGAGCGAUUCACCAAAAAUGGCAGCCCGCUCGUGCCUCCGAAGAGCCCUUCUCGACCAGAUGUGAGGCCCGGAAGCAGCCAGGAAGAUCUGGUGCAGCGCUUCUAUCAGGUUACGAGAGAAAGAGACGCGUUAAGGAAAGAACUACAAAGAAAGAGCCUGGGACCAAAUGGCAUACCAACUCGAGGCUCGGCGGUCUUCAAGUCAGAAGAAAAGACACUAAUCGAAGAGCUGCAAGCGUUGCGUUACGAGAUACGAGUAUGGAGCGAGGAAUAUUUCAGCGGCCCUACCAGCUCUCGAAGCAAGCGACCGCACUUCCAUGCGGCAAAGGGCCUGUUUGGUGGACUGACAGACAACUACACCGUGUACUUGAAGCAUCCGGAUGACCGGCCACUUCUCGUACAAGCCUACAUUUGGUCAACGCUACAGAAGAAGAUUUUCAACAACUUCCAGAAGGGCAGUGGAUAUGUCUGGGCUGGUAAGCUGGGUGACAAGAAGCUUCGACCCAUCAAUGACACACUGCGGAAAGCUGUCAAGAGCGAAGCGCAAGCCGAGGAGUACCAUCAAUGGCGUUCAUUAACGGUCAAUUUACUUGUACCGCAAGAAGAUGGCAAGUGGCGCCCAACCUUCGAUGCUGCGCCCGUUCUGAAGAGUAUCUCACGCCUUUGUAGCCGCAUGCGACGAAAGCUGCGGCCAUACUCGACUCGAUCUCUUCGUGACAGCAAGGAGCAGCUCAACACCAUCGUCUCCGCAUCUGUUGCCCUCGACCUCAAGAUGAAACGGCAGCGCGCCGAUUACCGCUUUGUCACAUUCACCGGUGGCAAGCCGAAUCAGUUCUGGGGUUACGGUUUCUACGACAGCGAAAUGGAAGACGUAUACGAUGACAGCGAAGACAGCGAGAGUGGUCGAGGCGGCUACAGAGACAGCCAAAGUGUGAAGGCCAGACGAGUCGAGCUUGCGCUGGCGCCAGCUCUGGAGAGAUGCGGUAAUGCGAACGGGCACGUUUUCGACCAAAGCUUUAUACUGGUCAAAGCAGAUGUGAGCUGCAAGAGGUUGCAAAAGAUGGAGAGACCGACGGGACCGAAAGCGGGCUUAAAAAACGGAAGCAAGAGUUUCGGUGGUAUGUGGCAUAGAGGGUCCUGAGGUCUGCUGGCAAGAUGAACUGGGUUCUUGGAGAGGUCGGCGACCUUACCUACACCACCUUGCACUCACCCUUGCGGAACAAAACCAAGGGUAUGCAUGAUCUAUAUCAGGUCUGCCGCAUCUGGUAACUAGCUUUGCGCCGAAUGCUCAAUAGGAACCUUGUACUUCAGCCCUCGUACACGCAGAAUACUACUUUUGCCGCCACAGUAUCACAAAUCGGA